AUGAAUAGUAUUGGUAAACAAUUUUCAAAUUCAAAUCAUAAUAAUGCAUUAUCAGAAAUACAACAAAUACAAAAUUUACGUUCAUCAUCACAUCAAUUAGAAUUAUCACCAUCAAUAUCAAUUCCACCUAUUUCACAACCAACAGAUUUUUUAAGAGCACAUACUGAUGAUUCUAAAAAUCCAGAUUGUAAAAUUAAAAUAGCUCAUGGUACAACUACAUUAGCAUUUAGAUUCAAAGAAGGUAUUAUUGUUGCCGUUGAUUCAAGAGCUACCGCUGGAAAUUGGAUUGCAUCACAAACAGUUAACAAAGUUAUAAGAAUAAAUCCAAUGUUAUUAGGUACAAUGGCUGGUGGUGCUGCUGAUUGUCAAUUUUGGGAAACUUGGUUAGGUACUCAAUGUAGAUUACAUGAAUUAAGAGAAAAGGAAAGAAUUUCAGUUGCUGCAGCUUCUAAAAUUUUAAGUAAUCUAGUUUAUCAAUAUAAAGGUAUGGGUUUAAGUAUGGGUACUAUGAUUUGUGGUCAUACUAAAAAAGAAGGUCCAACAAUUUAUUAUGUUGAUUCCGAUGGUACAAGAUUAAAAGGUGAUUUAUUUUGUGUUGGUUCUGGUCAAACUUUUGCUUAUGGUGUUUUAGAUAGUGAAUAUCAUUGGGACUUGUCAGUUGAAGAAGCUUUAUAUUUGGGUAAAAGAAGUAUAUUGGCUGCAACUCAUAGAGAUGCUUAUUCUGGUGGUUCAAUCAAUUUAUAUCAUGUGAAUGAACAAGGUUGGACUUAUCAUGGAAAUUAUAAUGUUGGAGAUUUAUUCUGGGAAGUUAAAGAAAAGGAACAAUCCUUUGUUAAUGUUGAAGCUUGA